CUCACCUGCUUUCUCAGCUUACUCUCCCGUUAUUCAUCUGAUGAAGCUUUCUACUGUCAUGCAACUUUUAACACGUGGGCAAGUACAACCUUUGAAUGAUGCAUAAUGGGCAUACUGCGUAGUGCCACCCAUGUCUGCGGCUGUAAGAAUAGCUUGAGCAAGAUGGGCUAUAUAAUUAGCAGCAGUACCUGUUGCUAAACAGCAUCUCAUUAUUUCAGAACAGCACUUGACGCGAAUGCUUCGGCUUUGCAACAUGACCAAGCUCAUCACAGUCUUCGGCUCUACCGGUAACCAGGGCGGAUCCGUCGUGCGAGCUAUCUUGAAUCACCCGCAGUUAAGUAAAGAGUGGAAGGUGCGCGGAGUUACAAGGAACCCCGACAAACCCGAUGCGCAAGCCAUGGUAGCAAAAGGUGUCGAGAUGGUCACUGCGAACCUCAACAGCAAGGAGUCAAUCUUGAAAGCUAUCACCGGAUCUGACGCUGUUUUUGGCGUGACAAACUACUGGGAGAUGGCAUCACUCGCCCACGAAGUCCAGCAGGGCCGCAAUUUGACAGACGCCUGCAUCGAAGCGAAGGUUCCGCACCUACUCUGGUCUUCAUUACCUCGCGUAUCAAAGAUCACUGGUGGAAGACUGGCGAACCUACACCACUUUGACAGCAAAGCCAUGGUUGAAGAACACAUCAAUGAAGCCGGUCAACCAGCUUCUUUCGUGCUUCCAGGCUAUUUCAUGACAAAUGUUCCUGGGUCUAUCAAGCCGAGUCAAGAUGGCGGCGCAUACACGUUAUCUUUGCUUUUCCACCCCGACACUCGGAUUCCAAUGCUAGACGUCCCCACCGACUUUGGGAAAUUUGUAGCUUCAUGUCUCGCUGAUCCAAAAGCUACUGUUGGCAAGCACGUGCUUGCUGCGAGCGCAUGGGUCACACCUCUCGAUGUUUGCGCAGCUGUGGUGAGCGUCACGGGAAAGAGUUGUGAAUUCAGGGAAGUGGCAGAUGAAGAGUGGAAAUCUGGGCAGGAGUUGUUGGAAAAUAUGAUCAUGAUUAAGGAAUGGGCAUACUAUGGGCCUGGCGCAGAUGAGGGCGUGAAGUGGAGUCAAGAGACUGUUAAUGGAGUGGGUGGAUGGGAUGGAUUUGGUAAUUUUGAGGCGUUCCUUGGAAGGAUUGGGUUUGUGUGAUUUCGACGCGUACUCCUUGUAGGAAAACCUCUCUAUGGGGCAUGAAUACCUAGGUAUGUUGCUAGCAUACGAUCAUUAUCGGGCGGUUAACCUUUCAGUCUUCCUACGUGAUCCAUAUUGUUUUGUACAUAACUACGUAGUUUCCCAUUUCUCACCAAUGAAGCGCCCUCUCUUCUGAUUGCAGUACAUGGCGGAGUCAUAUUGCCUGCGCAAGAUGUAUUUUACACAUCCUAGAC